AAUGUUUGAACACCGCUUCCAGAUGCAGAGUCUCAGAACUUAAUUAACUCAUUAGGCCUUAAUUGACUCAUUAGAACUCAUUGGGCAGGUCAACUAUUCCAGAGCGUAAUAAAUUCUCUGACUCUGCAAUCCAUGUGCUGACACUCAACAACCAUGGGUUCCUCUAAGCAGCUGACUGAGGAUCUGAAAGUGAACCUAAUUGAUGCCUACAAAGCAAAGGAAGGCUGUAAAUAGAAAAGUGCUUCCAGGUGGCAAUUUCCAAAUACUGAAAUGUCAUUAAGAAUUAGCAGCUCGGCGGAACUGUGGAAGUCAAGGCAAGAUCUGGAACUGCCCAUAUGCUGGCUAGAAAAGCAAAGCAAAACCCCCAUAUGAUACUAAAGACCUGCAGGAAGGUUUAGCUGGCACAGUGUGGUUGCACAAUGAUCUACUGUGCAGCGUUGCUUGUGCAAAUAUGGUCUGCAUGGAAGAGUCAUCAGAAAGACAGCUUAUGUGCAACCUCAUCACAAAAGUGAAGGUCUGAUGUAUGUAAACAAUAUCUAGAUAAGCCAGAGGCAUUUUGGAAACAAAUUGCUAUGGACUGAUGAAGUAAGAAUGGAACUCUCUGGCCACAAUCACCAAAGGUAUGCUUGGCAAAAUGAAGGAGCAGCAUUUGAUGAAAAGUUCAUCUUGCCAACUAUUAAGCAUGGUGGUGGAGCUAGUAUGCUUUGGGUUUGUGUGGCGAGAAACAGCCCUGCUGUCAUGGAUAUUGUGAAAACAUUUGGUAUUGAUAACAUGACAUCUUUGAUAUUGGAUGUAAAUUAUGGUGGCUACUCAUGAUAGCAUAUAACAGCUUCCUUCAUAUGUAUAUGACAUAAUUAUAUCAAUCUUAUGAAGCUGGGUAAAUGGUAAAUAUUUAACAUUUUUUAUGGUUUAAUAUAACAUAAUUGUUUUCCAUUCUUUCCUUCCCCUCUCAUUCUUUACCUUCUUUUCUAUUUUUCUCUUUCUCUUCCCUCCUGGAGGAUGCUGAUGUGGCUCUUGUCGUCUAUUUUCCUCCUCCCUCUUUCCUGUGACAGGAGGAAUUUAUUCUUCACUGCACCAGUGCUCUGUCUAAAAUCCUCUCUCGGAGUAGAAAAGCAUCAUGUGCUCUUUCUGUUUCUCUCACCCUCCCUGCACCCCUCCAUCCCUCCCUCCUCGUCCUCAUCACCCCUCCCUCAGUACGUGUUGGAGGAACAUCACUUGCUAUUGGUGUUGGCCUGCUGUUAAUGUCGUGCAUCAUUGCCACCAUAACCCCACAGGGAGGAGGAGAGAACCUCUUUUUUUUUCCUGGCUCACUCCCUCACUUGCCGAUAAUGCGGCUCUCGGUAAUUGAAUUUUGGUGUUUUUUUGCUUCCUGCUGAAGGACAGAGUGUCGCAGACGACCAGCCUGAGGAGAAGAGAGCUGAAUGGUCAUCUUUGGAACAUCUUUGGACACUUUAAGCUCUCCUUUUGCAGCAGUCAUGCAGCCCCAUGCGGCGGAGGUGGCACGCCUCUACCAGACAGAGUUCAUCCGGAGUGCGCGGGCUAUGGGUGUCCUGUGGGCCAUUUGCACGCUCUGCUUCGCAGUCAUUGAGGUGGUCAUCCUCAUUCAGCCAUCCUGGGUAGGCACGCGUGAGCUCCGUUAUCCAGCCAACAGUGUUGGUGGUAAGGCGCCACCUCAGACUGGUACCCUGGGCUUGUUCGAGGUGUGUGUGGAUUCAGACUGGCCAGUGCCAGAGUGCACAGGCUCCUUACGUACCCUGACCCCGAUUCCAGCCUUCCAGUCACCGGCUGUACUGGUGUGCAUCUCCCUCACCAUGGUGUGGGUCAGCGUGGGUUGUCUGUGUCUGUUUCGCUUCUGCAACGCUGCAACCGUGUACAAGAUCUGUGCCUGGCUACAGCUCACCGCUGGUUUCUGUCUGGCGCUGGCCUGCAUGCUCUUCCCAGAUUCGUGGGAGUGUGCUGAGAUGCGUGCACUGUGUGGAGACAGUGUUGAGAGUUUUUCUCCGGGGAACUGCACCGUGCACUGGGCCUACGUACUGGCCAUGCUGGGAGUGCUGGAUGCCGGCAUCCUCGCCACACUUGCCUUCGUCCUGGGCAACCGUCAGGAUGCACUGCUCCCAGAUGACGCCAAAGAUGGUGACGUGACUGGAUUGUUACUGGAAGCAUAGCCUGGUGAUGAAAACAUACCACAGACUCCUUUCAUCUGGGGCUGAUCACUCUGUCCUCAUCGUAAGCCGGAGAAAAAAGCUCACUUCCUCCUCCCCCACAACAUGACAUCAUCUCCCUGACGCUUACAUAAAAUCUCCGCAUAGAAACUAGAGACGGUCGCCUGGCAACCGUAACCGACGACUUCUCCAGCUGUAAGUGGAGGCAGGGAAAUACAAGGACACUUGUUUUUCAUUCUCUGUCACCUCCUGAUGAGCAAACGGAUGUCAUAAUAGAUGUAAAAAUUUUUUCUGUUAAUUCAUCACAUUGUCCUGUAUUGAGACCAUCAAAUGUAUUCUCUCCUUGUUUGGAGCUCCUGUGUGGUGUGAAUUUUAGGUUUCUUCAUGAUCUCAUUAGUCUGCAGUAUUUAUUUUAAAGAUGAAUAUAGAACAAGUCAAGCAAUACCAGUAAUAAGGCCUUAAUUAAAAAAAAAAAAAGCAUAGCUUUGGAUAAGAUUUUGAUUAAAGAGAGAGGAUUUAAUUUUUUUCUCAGUCUGAACCUUAAAUGAUUAAAUAUAGUUUAAUAUAUUUUUUAGAUGUUUUAAUAGCCUUAAUCACAAUAUCUUAACACUUACAUGGUGAUUACUGAAUAUUCAUCUUUGGGUAU